AUGCCUAAAAUGCUGAACACUAUAAUUAUGUCGUUGAUGAAUACUAAGUCUUGUGAAAUCUGCAAAGGAGUUGGGGAGCUUAUUUGCUUCUGUAAGCAGGUUAUUUUGUGUAGCAGCUGUGUAGGAAUGAGCUGAAAUUUAUAUUAGAAUUUUAUUAUUCCCUAUAAAAUUGAAUUAUUGCAAUGAUUAUAUAAAAAUAAAAAAUUCAGUCUAACACCUGAUAUAUUUUUGUAUUAUUUUAUAAAAAUAUUUCUGUAGGAAAACAUAUAAUUUCCGACAUAGGCUCCAACCACAAGCCAGUCGCCCUUAGUGAAAGUCAACUAACUUCUUUAGUCGCUGAAAAUUGGCGCGAGAUCUGUGCUACUGAGGCACAAAUCCUCGCUCAGGCUUCCCAAAAGCAAGAAAUUUUAUCACACAUAAAAUCUCGUCUCGAAAGAGAAAUAUCUAAUAUUGACGAAUUUCAAAAUUUGUCCAUUCAAUUUAUUACAGAAAUCGUAAAAGUAAUAGAGCGUGACUUGCUUGGGGCUGCUGAAGAUAUGACACUAAAGGUCAUAAAUCAAUGUGGAGCCCUCAAGAAGCAAAUAAACGAAGCUUUAGAGACUGUGAAAAAGGGUGAUUACCAAUAUAACGAAUUGGCAAAUUCUAUGACAAACUGCCUGACUAUAGAAGAAGUCGACAAAUUUGAAAUUAUAAAGAAAAAAGUUGACUAUACACAAGUUGACAUAAAAAAUGCCAUUGUAAACCAAUUUGUAUUUGACAUUGGGCUGAAAAAUAGCGGCACAAAUACCCCAGCGCCAGAUCCAAAGCACCCUAAAGCUGCAACCCCUACUUCAACAGACUCUCAUUCUCCUAAAAAAGUCCCACAGCUUGCUUUACCAAAGCAAAAUAUUAUAAAAACAAAAAUUGCAUCUCCUAAAACUGCACCUCCAAAAAUCGGUUUUAGAGAUGCCAAAAGGACAAAAACACAAACACCAAUGAGUUUAUCAGAUUUUGAAGAAAAUUAUGUAUCACUAACUUCAAGAGAUGGCUCAGAUUAUGAAAUUACAAGGAUGUCACAAACACAGAGAGACUUUAAAACAAAAAUGCAGAGAAGCAGCUCUGUAUCAAGGAGAAAAAUAAUUUCGUCGAUGCUGUAUUGCUUUAUCCCCAACAUGAAGUAUUUGAUUAAUUUAAAAAUAAUUAUAGCCUUGGCAUAUGAAUAAUAAUUUAAAUAAAUAAUUUUUAUUAGAAUAACAGCUAAUAGGGAAAGAGAAUAUUUUUAAAAACAAUAGAAAAAUUAAAGGAUUUUUUUAUUUUUUUUUUAUUUGAUUACUUUUAAUACUUCUAUAGACGAGCUUUCAAAAAUCAAAAUAAAAAAUCGAGAUGUUGGACUUGAUGGAAGUGCUUGGACAAUUACCCCAGAUGGGCUUAUUAUAAUCACAGGAGGUCUACAAAUAUCCCCUAAGAAAUCUACAUGGAUUUUCAAUGUGGUUUCCCAAGACUUGACCAUUGGCCCAGCUAUGAAAAAUCCUCGGUUUAAUCAUGCAAUAAUAAACAUAGGGGAAUUUGUCUAUGUAUUUGGAGGCUUCAAUAAUGGAAAUUUAAAAGACUGCGAAAGGUUAAACGUAGCCCAAAGGACCUGGCAGAAAAUAGCAAGCUUAAAUGUGGCAAGAGAAAGCUGCUCAGCAGCGUUUAUUAAAGGAAAUAUUUAUAUAGCUGGAGGCACAGACUCUAUUGAAGCUUAUAAUAUAGCAGGAAACAGAUUUUCUUUAUUAAAAAUAAAAAUUCCUGACUGUAUCCGAUGCUUUAUGUUCUCAGUGGAAAAUAAUUUGAUAAUUUUGCAUGGGAAAAAGGCUACAAAGGUGGACCCAAUUAAUUCUCAGACUGUAGAAGAUGUAUUGGACCUGCCUGAAGAAGACUGGUGGAGCCCAGCUAAUCAUAUUUCCAAUGAAAAAUCAAUAUUUUUCAUCAGAAAGUUCUUUAUUUAUAAGUACGAUAUUGAAGAAAAUUUAUUAUUCCCAAUUCAGUCAUGCACGAAUUAA